GCAAAGGCAUCACAAUUUCACAAGCACCUUUAAUCAAACAAACUAGUUAGAGAGAGAGAGAGAGAGAGAGAGAGAGAGAGAGAGAUGACGGAGGAGAAAGAGAGGGUGUGCGUAACAGGAGCAGGAGCGUACGUGGCAUCCUGGGUGGUGAAAUUCCUUCUUUCAAAGGGUUACUUUGUUCAUGGAACUGUUCGAGAUCCCUGUAACGAAGAAAAGAAUGGACAUUUGAAGAAAUUGGAAAAUGCAACAGAAAAUCUGAAGCUAUUUAAGACAGACAUGUUGGAGUAUGAAGGUCUCUGUUCUGCCAUUGUUGGCUGCACUGGUGUUAUCCAUCUUGCUUCUCCAACUCCCUUUGAACACAUUCCUAUUCCUAAUCCUGAGGUAGAAUUUGUUGAAUCAGCCACAAAAGGAACAAGAAAUGUGCUAAAUGCAUGUUUGAAGGCAAAAGUGAAGAAGGUGGUGGUGGUGUCAUCUGCUGCUGCUGUUGUGGUGAACCCUAAUUGGCCCAAGGAUCAACCCAUGGAUGAAAAUUGUUGGAGCGACCCUGAAUUCUGUAAACAAUUUGAGUUGUGGUAUUGCCUAGGCAAAACGACAGCAGAAAGAGAGACAGUGGAGUUUGGAAGAAGAAAUGAAGAAGAAGUCAAAAUCAUCACAGUUUGUCCAGCCCUUGCCAUCGGCCCCAUGCUCCAAUCCACCAUCAAUUCUAGUAGCUCGGCUUUCCUCAAUUAUUUCAAAGGUGGAAGUGAUACAAUGGAAAAUCGAGACCGUCCAUUUGUAGAUGUGCGUGAUCUUGCUGAAGCUCUUCUUCUGACGUACGAAAAACCUGAGGCACAAGGAAGAUACAUAUGUUCAUCAUACGUGAUUGGAGCUCAGGUUUUGGUGGAGAAGCUCAAGACAUUGUAUCCCUACUAUAAUUAUCCCAAGAAUUUUAGUGAGGUAAAGGAACGCAUAAAUCUUAGUUCCAGCAAAUUGCAGAAAUUGGGAUGGAAGUUUAGGUCAUUUGAAGAGACUCUUGCUGAUGCUGUCAAGGACUAUGAAGAAUAUGGUCUCCUGGUUCCCAAACACUAAAACCUAUAUACAUAUAUGUCUAUAUCUACUGUUAUGACAUGGGCUUUAAUUUUUCAAUUUGGAAUAAGAUGCUAUGUAAUAAAUUUUGGUGAAUAAGAUUAUACAUACAUUAUUUUUUAUAUCAUUUUAUACUAUUUAUCCACAAUAAGAGUGAAUUCCGCACCAUCACAUGUUGUGGGGCUCACUCGCAUUAUAAGUAAAUGAUAUAAAAAAUGAUGUAUCCGUUGUCAGACUCAUAUUUUGUGCAAUAAUCUAACAAUAGUAAUUUAAGUGGGAUUUAAAUGAUUUUCAAACCACCAAAGGCGAGGAUUACAAUCACCCUCAAAUCACCAUUGUAAGAUUAUUGCAGAAAAUGCUAGUCCCAAUAGUUCCACUCUACUCUACUCUUUUUGUACUUGUAAUAUAAACCUAAGGUACUUCAAUGUGGUGUACAUGCUGUGUUGUCUUUUUUGUAACGUAUCAUUCUAUUGAAGCAUCUUUAAUCUUUUAAUUGUGUACA